UGUGGCUGCGGAAGGAUGGCGCAGGCGGCGGAUGGCUUCUCGGAGGAGCAGUUCCGGGAGGUGUGCGCCGAGCUCCAGCAGCCCGCGCUGGCGGGGGCCGACUGGGAGCUGCUGCUGGAGACCUCGGGCAUCAGCAUUUACCGGCUGCUGGAUCAGAACACUGGACUUUAUGAGUAUAAAGUCUUUGGGGUACUGGAGAAUUGCCCACCAGCUCUACUUGCAGAUGUCUACAUGGACUUAGACUAUAGAAAAAAGUGGGACCAGUAUGUUAAAGAACUCUAUGAAAAAGAAUGCAAUGGAGAGAUUGUGGUCUACUGGGAAGUGAAGUACCCUUUUCCAAUGUCCAACAGAGAUUACAUCUACCUCCGGCAGCGGCGAGAGCUGGACGUGGAAGGGAAAACGAUCUAUGUGAUCCUGGCCCAGAGCACCUCUGUGCCUCAGUUUGCCGAGAAGCCGGGCGUGAUCCGGGUGAAGUGGUACAAGCAGAGCCUGGCAAUUGAGAGUGACGGCAAGAAGGGGAGCAAAGUUUUCAUGUAUUACUUUGAUAACCCGGGUGGCCAAGUUCCGUCCUGGCUCGUUAACUGGGCCGCCAAGAAUGGCGUUCCUAACUUCUUGAAGGACUUAGCGAAAGCCUGUCAGAACUACCCCAAGAAAGCCUAAGCGAGGGGGCCGGGAACUUGUAUCCUUGGAAUGACGUCUCUGGGAGUGCCACGCUGGCUCGAUGUGCAGCCUGCCCUCCACUUUUCCGUCUUCAGAGGCCUGCACGUUCUACGGCACGUUGUCCCUAAGUGCUGUCUGACACCUGGCUCACCCGCCUGCUUCCUUUCCCACUCACCCCACCCCAGGACUAGCUGCCUUCUUCCUCUGUUGAAUGUGGGUCAGAUUAGGGAAACCUUUGCUUGUUUAUUUUUAAAAAGGGAAGUCCUCCAUAGGGAAGACAAUCAUUCCAUUGUACCAUCUUGGGGAGAUGGGUGGGUGGAGUAACAACAACAAAACACAAGAAUGACUGACUGCUCCUGGCAAGCUGGCUCCUUCCCAGAACAUGAUUUCUUGCAACUCAGGAGGGGCUGCUGGAAGUUGCAUUCCUUUCAGUGCUGUCAGUACACUAGGGCUGGAAGACAGUGCUGACGUCCAUUUGCCUAAUGCUGUGUUGACUUGAUCAGGCUGGGAUUUGAGAUGAUAAUCCAAUAACUGCUUGGGGGAUCAAUAGCUGCUAUGAUUUCAAACCAUUUGACAAAACAUUGCAGGUCUGCCUGAGCACAUAAUGUGAUACCAUUUUUCCUGAUCACCCGUGUCUGGGUUUUGCUCUUUCCCAUAUGCCACUGGGUAAAGGCUGCCCAUACCUCUCUAGCUGUGCACUUUACUGGAACCUGAGACGUCAAGAUGGCUCUGGCAGCUGAUGAAAGCAAAGAUGCUUUGUGUACGGCAUCACGAUGAAAUGGCUUUGUAUGCAAUAAGAUGAGUUUCCCUUCUAGAUUGUUUGGGGCUAUUGAAGGGAUAACAGUUCACAGCCACGGAAAAUGUAAUCAGUGGCUUGGUUGACUCUCUACUUUUUCUCAGGAAACCUACCUAAAUUGUGUGCCUCUCCCACCAGCAGAACUUUCGGUUUCUUACAGUUCCUCCUGAAUUUGGGGAGGACAGGAUAUUCUGUGUCCAAAGGCACAGCUUUGAUGAUCUCAGGGACAAAUUUUAACCAGUGUGUGAAGGUAGCAGACCUUGAUUAAUGGGCAUAGAAAUUCAGGAUGUAAUGCCAGAUGGAGGGGAUUUAUUAUACUGGGAUACCUCAGACUCUGUGUUUUCUCUAUGGGGAAGAAAAGUGUAUUCCAUACAGAAUAAAUACAGAGCAACUCA